AUGGGAGGCAGUGGGUUUCUGGGACAACACAUUGUCCGGGAGUUGCAGGAGCGAGACCCACGGGUGACGGAGAUCAGGGUGUUGGAUCUUCUCCCAUACAACAACAGACUGGGUCAUGAGAUCAAAAAGCCCAUAGUGAGCAUCGUAGGCGACAUCACAGCUCCGGACAGCUGCAAGAACGCAUUCCGAGAUGUAGACUGUGUUAUCCACUGCGCUGCCUUGGUCACAUAUGAUUAUCCCUCUGACUUACGAAGGCUGCAGAAUAUAAACGUACAAGGCACAAGGAACGUGAUCAAGCUCUGUAUAGAGAUGAACAUUCCUCGACUAGUGUUCACCUCCACGUCGGAGGUGACGCUCGUCCCGUUGUUCAAGCGAGGGUUCUUUGCAGCCGUGGUCCAUCAGACGGAGACUAAGGCUGGUUGGCCUAAAGACCCAACCGACCUGGUGUUCUCUGACUAUGCUUCCACCAAGCUACAAGCAGAAAGGAUAAUAUUGCAGGCUCACGGAACUCCACUGAAAUCGGGUUUGAAACUGAGGACGGUGGCGCUGAGGCCGACCCCUCUCUACGGUGAGGAGGACCGAGGACUAUUGCCAAGGCUGAUGUCAGUGGCCGACCAACUCGAGGGAACAUUUCCGAGAAUCAGCGGCCCCGGGGGGAAACACCAGCUGACAUAUGCUGGUAACGCAGCCUGGGCCCAUGUGUGUGCCAAGGACAGCCUACUAGACAGCCCGACUGCUGUUGGAGGUCUCUCAGUGUUUGUCACAGAUGACUCUCCCAUCACCGACGUCACCAAGUUCUGUGUCCACCUCACCACCUCAGACCAACGCUCUCCUUACAAACACUCUUGGUGGUAUUUGCCGUCCCUGGUGUCAUACUUUCUUGCUCUUCUGCUAGAGCCAAUCCUGACUGCAGUCUAUGGCUCCAUGCCUUUCCGACCCUCCGCCGCAGUUACGUUCCUUGCUUCCAUCGUGCUGUACUCUCGUCUCCGCGCUGACACACACCUCCGAUACUCUCCUGUAUAUACCUACGAGUCUGUCCGCACUAGGACAAUCAAGUACUACAUCGAGGAGGCAAGACUUCGGGCAUCACACAAAAAGUUAAUCUGAUUGUUGAUGUAAUGUUUAUAGAUUGAUACAUCAUGUGUUUUGUAGGUUGUGAAGUGUAAAAUAGAAACUAUAUUAUAAGUAUACAAGCUGCUAUACCCGUGCUUUGCAACGGGAAAAAAAUGUGACCUAGAGAGCUAUUCAAGUGGUGCUGAUGUGUGUUUUAAAAUACAGCAACUCUAUGAUUUAGUUUGAAAAUAUAAACUGAUUUAAAAGUGUAAUCCUACUUUCAAACCCCCUACUUUUGAUGUUAAUAGAUCCAAAAGAAUAUACCUACCUCCAUACGGACACAUACCUUAGCAUCAAUUUCUUCAUAUUGCUGCUUCAUGAAUGACAUGUUUUACCAUAAUUCUUCAAUUUUAGUCAAGCCUCUUUCCAUGUAGCUUACUAUAUAAAUUACAAAAUAAAAACU